AUGGAUAUGCAAUCUAAUGACUUACAGAAUUAUCAUACAAUUUGUAGUAAUAUAACGUUAAAAAAAUUAGAUAAAGUGCCAAAUAAAAAAGCAAAUGGGGCGGUAAUAUUAAUGACACUAAUUUGUAAAAGGAUCCUAAGAUAUAUACAUAAUCAUUCAUUAUUGCAUAUUCCAAAUUCUGAAUACGAUGGGUGUAUUCUGUUAAAUUAUUGGGUAUACAGUAUAUUGGAUAGAACUUUUGGUUCUAAGAAUCCUAAUAAUGUUCUUCCAGUUUUUGCCAUACUAGCACAGAUAUGGAAUUAUAUUGUUGAUAAAUAUCGAGGUAAUCCUCAAUAUAUAAUAUGUGAGCCAGACCAGAAUACUAUUGCGAGAAGAGACUGGAAGCAAAGAAAAGAAUUGUACGAUAAUUAUGGUAAAUGUAUAUCUGAUGAAUACGCAUGUCCAGACGUCUUAAAAAAAUACGAGGAAAAAAAGAUUGUGUCUGAGAUAAAACAAUUACCAUGUUAUAGUACAAUUAAAGGUACAAGUGGUUCCACUUCAGGGGAUGAUUUAUCGCAUGAAACUGCAGGCCGCAUAGAAAUGCUUCCAGCAUCUGCAGUUGAUUUAGAAGACAUUGCAAGUUAUAUUGCAGAUGUUUCUGAUACCCAGUUAGAUAGUGGAAAUUCGGGAAUUGGAACAAAAGUUACUCAUUCAAUUUUUGGCGCAGCUCCAGUUUUAUUAACUGGCACUAUGUUAUAUAGA